UCUAGGUAUAACUGUGGAGACUUUCAAAAUGUCUUUAUGCUUCCGUAGUUUCAUCACGUUUGCCGUACCUGGAGUGCUGGCACUUUAUGGGUGCUGGUGGAUUUAUUCCCAUAGAAAAAAGCAUAGAACCUAUCAAGAGAAACCAGCAGUAGCUGCUGAAGAGCAGCAGGAAGAAGUGACAGAGCAGGAUUCAGCACCAGGAACAGAACCAUGUGUUCCGCAACGACAGCUCUCCUUGCUGGAAGAGGAGCACAUGGAGAACAAAACCUCGACCUCCCUGCUGACAGCAGGGUUGACGAUGCCCUCUGUUCUGUGUCACACUGAUGAGAGGCUGGAUCUCUCACCAGCCUUGCCAGUGACAACGAAUCAGCCCAGCACCCUUGAGAACGACAGUGAAAAACUAGAAGAAACGGGAUCUCAAGACGAAAAGAGUGUCCCUGCUUGUGUUUCUCUCCCUUGGGAGCCUGCCUGUUCAGAGCAGCCAGGGGAAGAAGACGUGUCCAGGUCAAUUGCCAGUACUGUACCUGUGUGUCAGGAGGAGGAGGACACACAGCCAAAAGGAGAUGAAUUGAGAAGAGAGAAGGUUAGAGGAGUGGGUUUGUGCAAGGAAGACAUUGAGAAAAUUGAGCAAGUGACGAUACAGAUUGUUUCCAAGGUCAUUUUGGCAGCAACUGAGGAAGUGCUGUCAGGUGCUGCGAGUGAUGGGUCCACUCAGCUCUGCCAGGCUGCUGCUAGCCAAGCUGAGGCACCUCUGGAGACGGCAAGUGCUGUUUCCACUGAUCAGACACUUGCAGAGGAAGCUGCAGUAGCUGAUACGAACGGUGCUGGACAGAAUGAUGCUGUGGUACUGACAUCCCCACAGACAGAGGAACAGGAUCAGGAUGUUACAUGUUCAAGCUGUUUAGCACAAAGCCCCAUUGAGGGAGCCACAACAGACUGUCAGAUGAAGACCCCUGUGUGCAGGGAGUCCCAAGGAGGUGUUCGGACUCCUGUGGAGAACCACAAAGGUUCUCCAGAAAAGUCACCUUUGGUUAGGGAGGGCUCUUCAUGCAGCACAUCCACAUGUGAAGGUGGGGCAUGUGUGGAGGGCCCGCUGCAGAGCACAAUGCUGGCUGUUGCAUCGGGCCAGCAUUCAGGGUUACUGAGUUUAUCUGCAACCCGAGACACAAGUGCUGGGCAGAGCUCCGGGCCAAGUGAAACUCAACCUACUCUGAAGCUGCCUGAAGACAAUGAAGUGCCAUACAGCAAUGGAGUGCUGCAAGAGGAUGGUCCAGACCUGUGUAAUGAGUGUAGCAAGGCACCAGGAAUAGAUGGAGACUGCCUACAAGGAUUGGAUGAAUGUGGUACGGACUUUGUGAACAGUGGCUGUGCCAUGAAGAACGCAGUGACUCAGCAGAACACUAAGAUAGGGAGAGAAACCAGCAAGUGUGACCACGUCAUCUGGGAAAUAGAAGUCCCAAAGGAAUUAGUUGGCCGCUUGAUUGGCAGACAAGGAAAAUUUAUGAGCUUCCUGAGGCAGAAAUCUGGUGCCAAAAUCUAUGUCUCGACAAAGCCUUAUUUCCAUGAUUCCCAGGUCUGUCACAUUGAAGGUUUCCCGCAUCAAGUAGAAAAAGUACUGAGCCUGAUUGGCAUGAAGUUCAAGGAGCUGUGUCUUGCCAAUGUCCACGAUCUACCUCCACCAGCACCACUGACACUUCAUUCCCUCCUUAUGACUGCCUGGCUCUUCCUCCCGGAUGGAGUGACUGUGGAGGUGGUCGUGGCGCACCAAGUCGAUGCAGGGCACAUGUUCCUGCAGCAGCACACUCACCCCACUUUCCAUGUCCUGAGGAGCCUUGAACAGCAGAUGUCUGUCUGCUACUCUCAACCUGCAAUUCCAACCCUGCCAACUCCAGUAGAAGUUGGUAUUAUCUGUGCAGCUCCAGGCCUGGAUGGGGCAUGGCUACGGGCUCAAGUUAUCAGCUACUUUGAAGAGACCAGUGAAGUAGAACUCAGAUAUGUCGACUAUGGAGGAUAUGACAAAGUGAAGGUCGACACACUCAGACAAAUCAGGUCUGACUUUUUAUCGCUGCCUUUCCAAGGAGCAGAAGUUUUACUGGACAAUGUGGUGCCUCUUCCAGAUGAGGAUCACUUCUCCCCUGAAGCUGACGCGGCUGUUGGUGAGAUGACCAGAGGCGCAGUCCUUGUGGCGCAGGUCACAAAUUAUGACAGUGCAACAGGACUGCCACUGAUACAGCUGUGGAACUUGAUGGGCGAUGAGGUGGUGUCCGUAAACAGAACUCUGGUGGAAAGAGGCCUUGCUCGGUGGCUUGACUACUAGCAAUGUCCUACCAUUUCCCUAGAAACACAUACCUCAUCUCAGUGAAAGGCGGGGUUAUUAAAAGCCAUAAUGACAAAUACUGUAGCUUUAAAGCAAAAAAUCCUCUCUGGCCUCUACUCAAAAGCUGAAUGGGAAAAACCUUAAAACCUUACGGCUCGUUCGAAGGUAGCAAAUGCCCUUUAAGCUGUGGUCGUUCCACAUGUAUAAUACCCAUGAACUUAGUGUCUGCUUUUCCUUCCAAGUUCCAUUGGUUGUCCUUUUUUAACAGGCUCUGCCUAUGAAAUUAAUGAAUGUGAUUAAGGAAUUUAAUGUUCAGUUAUGGAUUUCUCUAUAUUGUGCCACUAACCUGCAUAAACAAUAUUCAUCUUGUGUCUUCCUUAUGCCAGGAGGUAGAUGAAUUGCAUUCGUUGCACUUACUGUGGCACCUGUCUCACUGCAGUCAUGGUUUUUAGGCUUGAUACGCUUAAGGAAGAAAGCUGCUCUGUGCAGAUGCUUGAAGGCAGGAUGUGUUACCACUACAAUUUUUGCUCUGAAAUGAUGUGUAUUUAAAGAAAAGAACUGAUUGCCAAGCCCAAUUGUAGUUUAUAUUUUUCUAGCUGUGCAAGUCUGUAAAUAUAUAUAAAAAACCCAACACUGUAAUAUUUUGUACAAGAAAAACACUGGAAACAAAGGGAACUUUACAGAAACUUUUUCACACCAAAAUGUCCUCUGUAGGUAGAACUGGUUUGGAGUGCAUUAGGGUAGCCAACAUUGGAGCAUCUGAAUGUUGGGAGUGUUUCAGCUCUGCUGUAUACAGGAUUAGGAUUCCACUAGGUUGCUGUCUGGUUGGAGUUGUCAUCACUGCGUUCUUUAUUAUGUUGCUGUACAGUUCUGUUUAAAAAGAAAGCGAUAACUUGGCAUUAAAGCUGCAGUGGUGUUCUC